AUGGAUGAUGCACAAAAACAUAUCAUGCGGUCUCAAGUUUCUGGAUGUUACACAACUGGUGUGUCUAAUGGCAAUGAUAUAUGGCAAAGUGAUAGUGUUCUACCAUUUUUUCUUCCUAGUUUUGCAGCUCAAGUUGCUUUCAUGUUGUUCGCUAAUCGAUUUUUGUACUACUUUCUUAGACCCUUCAAUCAACCUCCUCUUGUUGCUGAGAUUUUGACAGGUUUCUUGUUAAGUCCAGAAAUACUUGGGACAACAAAGUUUUUCUCAGAUUUGGUCCCUCUAAAAAUGGCGAUAACAGGUGAUACGAUAUCAUAUGUUGGACUAGUUUACUAUGUAUUCCUUGCUGGCUUAGACAUGAACUUGGAGACUAUCAUAAGUGCAAGAAAAAAGGCUAUAAGCAUUGCUGUUGCAGGCACUAUAAUUCCAAUGGUAAUAGGGGGUGCAAUAUAUGCUUUAUUUCAAAGCAUGUUAACAGCAAGUCCUGAAUAUUUGUCACAUUACAACGCACCGAAAGCUUAUUUGUUUUGGACAUUAAUCUUUAGUGUCACUGGUUUUCCAAUUGUUACUCAAAUCCUAGCAGAUUUGAAACUUCUCUAUACUGGUUUAGGUAGAGUGGCUUUAACAGCAGCAAUGAUUAAUGACUUCAUCAAUUGGAUUAUGUUUUCUUUGUUGAUUCCUUUUGAACAUGAAGAAAAGGUUAUCUACUCAUUGUUAAGUACAACAGCAUUUAUCUUUGUUUGUUUUGUCGUGAUUCGGCCUUAUCUCGUUGAGUUAAUUGUUCGAAAAACAAAACAGAAUGAAUGGGACAAUUAUCAGUUGUUUUUUGUUGUGAUGGGUGCAUAUGUUUGUGCAACUGUUACUGAUCUUCUUGGAACACAUCCUGUUGUUGGGGCUUUAGUGUAUGGAAUAAUGCUUCCACGCGGUAAAUUUACCAAUAUGUUGAUAGAGAAGACAGAAGAUUUUGGAGCUGUUUAUCUUGCUCCACUCUUCUUUGCUACCUGUGGUAUGAGACUUCAGAUAUUUUCUGUCAUUAAAGAUCAAGGUUUGGUCCUUGUGGUGAUGGUUUUGUUCUUGUCAUUUAUCCCUAAGAUUCUAAGCACUGUCGUAGCAACUCGAUUCUUUGGUAUGCCUGCUCUUGAUGGUGUGGCUAUUGGAUUGCUUAUGAACACAAAAGGCGUCUUACCUCUAAUAAUGCUCAACAUUGCCUGGGAUAAACAGAUUUUGAGUGUGGAGUCCUCCUCAGUUAUGAUGGUAUCUGUUCUUCUAAUGACAGCGGCAGCACCUCUUAUAAUUAAUGCCGUAUACAAACCGAGAAAGCUAUACAAGCUAAACAAGCUAAGGACAGUACAGAAUUUAAAGGUUGAAGCAGAGCUAAGAGUUUUAGCUUGUGUUCACAACCCUCGUCAUGCCACAGGAUUCAUCAACAUUCUCGAAGCUUGUAACGCCAUCCAAAUGUCUUCUUUACGCAUAUUCGCUCUUCAACUAGUUGAAAUAACAGGAACAACAAUAUCCCUUUUAGCAGCACACAUCAACACACAAAGUUGUUCAGAAGCCCUCACAAAAUCAGAAGAAGACUUAGAAAACAUAACACUCACUUUCAAUGAGUAUGAAGAACGAAACGAAAACACUAGGGUUGAAACACUUGCUGCAGUUUCAACCUAUUCAACUAUUCAUCAAGACAUACACACUGUAGCACAGGAAAAGCAAGCAACAAUAAUUCUCCUUCCUUUUCACAAAGACUCAAAUAUUGAAAGUGUCCUAGUAACAACAAACAAAGCGUUUCAAAAUAUAAACCAAAAUGUAAUGAGAGAUGCGCCGUGUUCUGUUGGAAUCUUUGUUGAUCGCGGUCUCGGUUCGUUGUUCAAAGUUAAUUUACGUAUACUCGUGCUUUUCAUUGGUGGUCCUGAUGAUCGCGAAGCAUUAGCAUUGGCAUGGAGGAUGUCGAAGCAUGCAUCAAUUCAACUAUCUGUUGUGAGACUUUAUUUGUUCGGACAAGCUGCAGAAGUUGAUUCAUCACCACAAGAAGAAUCGAGAGGACUAUUAUCUACAGUGUUGGAUUGUGAAAAGCAAAGAGAGCUCGAUGAUGAAUAUGUGAAUACUUUUAGACUCAAAGCCAUGCACAGUAAGGAUUCUACAACUUAUUCAGACAAAGCAGUUCAUUCUCGCGAAGAUAUUACUCAAGUGUUGAAUGAGUUGGACAAAGUUGGAUUUGAUUUGUACAUUCUAGGACAAGGGAAAGGUAGAAAUUCUUCGGUGUUCUCGGAAUUAAUGAAAUGGACUGAUUGUCCUGAACUUGGUGUUAUAGGAGACAUGGUGGCAUCAAAUAAUUUUGGUUCAUGUUCUUCAUUACUUGUUGUACAACAGUAUGGGUUUGGCGGGAUGGUUUUCGAGAAUACCACUCAUUCUCAAAAUCCUGGUCAAGGGACUAAAAAUGAUCAUGAUGAUGAUGAUAGUGAAUCUGGGGAUGUUUUUGUUAGGGUAGAACAAUAG